AUGCUGCUGGGCCCCUGGCUGCUGGCGGCGGCGGCGGCGGUGGCGGCGGCGGGCGCGGGCUGCCCGGUGCUGUGCAGCUGCCGCGGGCAGGCGGUGGACUGCAGCGGGCAGCGGCUCUUCUCCGUGCCCCCCGAGCUGCCGCUGGACACCGGCAACCUGAGCCUGGCCCACAACCGCAUCGCCAGCAUCCCGCCGGGCUACCUGGGCUGCUACGGGCAGCUGCGCGCCCUCGACCUGCGCAACAACUCGCUGGCGGCGCUGCCGGCCGGGCUGUUCCGCGGCGCCCGGCGCCUGGCGCACCUGGACCUGAGCUACAACAACUUCAGCCUGGUGCCCGCCGACAUGUUCCGCGAGGCCAGCGCGCUGCUGCGCCUCGACCUCAGCCACAACCCGGGGCUGCGCCGCGUCCACCCGCAGGCCUUCCGCGGCCUGGCCCAGCUGCGCGAGCUGGACCUCAGCUACGGCGGCCUGGCCGCCCUCAGCCUCGACGCCCUGGAGGGGCUGCCCGGCCUCGUGGGGCUGCGCCUGGGGGGCAACCCCUGGCUCUGCGGCUGCGCCAUGGAGCCGCUCCUCAAGUGGCUGCGGGGGCGCAUCCAGCGCUGCUCCUCGGAUUCGCAGCAGGCGGAGUGCUGGGCUCCCCCCGAGGUGGCGGGGGCCCCGCUGCUGUCGCUGACGGAGGAGAGCUUCCAGGCCUGCCACCUCACGCUGACCCUCGACGACUAUCUCUUCAUCGCCUUCGUCGGCUUCGUCGUCUCCAUCGCCUCGGUGGCCACCAACUUCCUGCUGGGCAUCACGGCCAACUGCUGCCACCGCUGGAGCAAGGCCAGCGAGGACGAGGAUGUUUAG